UGGACAGAUUCCAGCUCCAUGCUGAGUGGGCAUGCCUGUUUAUGCUGGAAGGAGGGAGGGGUGGAUCUCUCUCUGCUGUAUAAAGAGGUGCUCUGCAGAGCCUUAAACUUCAUUUGAGCUGCCCUCUCUCAGAAAGACAAAACUUGUCAAUAUGACCUUCCUCACCACAGCCCUGGGACUAACUCUCUGCUUCGUCUGGGCAUCUGCGGACAUCCUGCCACAACCAGACUUCAACAUUGAGGGGAUGUCAGGAAAAUGGUACCUGACUGGAUUCGCAACUAAUGCUCAGUGGUUCAUCAUACAUAAGCAAACCAUGGGAACAGGCACAUCAACUUUCACACCAAUGGACGGGAACCUCGACAUGCCCUUUGAAAGUCUCAACCCUGAUGGCACUUGCUUCAGAUUGCACAACUUGGCCAAGAAGACAGAUGUCCCUGGAAAAUUCACUUAUGUCGGCCAAGGCAGUGUGAAUGACAUGCGCAUAGUGGAUGUUAAGUAUGAUGAGUAUGCACUGAUUUACACAGUCAAGACCAUUGGAGAUACUUCAGAUGCUGUCAUCAAAGCUUACAGUCGUUCACCAGAGCUUAGCUCAGAGAUACAGGAGAAGUUCAGGCAGUUUGCCUUGGAGAAUGGGGUCCUGCCAGAAAAUAUGGUCAUCUUGCCCAAGAAUGGUGACUGUCCUUCUGAAUAAUUGCCUUAACAACCCCACAAGAACAACAAGCCUUUGUGCGAAUUCAUAGUUAGUAAAUGGCUAUAAUUGGUUAAAAUAUUCACUUUUGUGAUGCCAAUAUACCCUCUAGAACAGCAGAAGUUUGUAUCAUAGAAAUAAAAUGAUGCAACAU